AGGCAAACUGGUAACAUAAAACAUGACAACCACUACUUUAAUUAACCGAUCUCUUGAAGUAGUUUUGUCAUGUGGCAUAGUUAUAGCACUGUCGACAUCUACAAUUUUCACUCCACUGUGGCUGGAUGCCAUUGCACCACCAGUAAAUAGCACGGCAAACAACAGUAAUACACACAGCUUCCGACACGUAGAUGGAUUCAGCAUUAUAAUCCAAGUGAACCUGGUGUUCUGUCUUCUGAGUGGUAUCAUUGUAUUGUACAUGAAGUUAUGUUCACAUCAAUUAACUUCUGCUGAUCAAUCAUUUUCUAAGCUUCAGUUUUUCUGGAUAGGAUUUGCUGAUGCGCUGUCGUCCAUUUUUUCUGUGUAUGCAUCAAGUGGAACAAGAACAGCGCCAUAUUUACAGGCUUUAGCAACCAAUUUAGCUAUUCCUGUCACAUUCAUUAUCAGAUUUAUUCUAUUGAAGAAACAUCCUACUCUAAGGAAGACAAUUGCUGCAUUGACUGUGCUGGUUGCAGAGUUCAUAGCCUUAAUUCCCUCCAUUUUCCCGUCCCUUCAGAGUACAGAGACCAAAGACAAAGAUGGAGGUGCUAAGGGUGUGGCAGGAGUGUUGUGGCCAUUGUGUUAUGCACUGGCCUAUAUUCCACAAGGUGUUGUGGUUGUUGUGAUUGAGCGAUCAACUAAAUCCCAGAUGAGAACUCAAGCAGGAGGACUUGACCAUGUCAAUCCAUUUUACCUGAUGUUUUGGAGCUUUUUUUUCUGUUUUGUGAGCAUGUUGGCAUUCUUUUGGACAGACAUCUUACCAGGUUUUGGCAUGACUGAAGGCAUCUCAGAUUUUGGCGAUGUAUUCAUGUUCAAUCUAAAGUGUUUUGUGGGAUUGGAUCAUUGUCGAACAGACAUGUAUAUUUUUGCGUGGGCAUGCAUAUUGGCAAUGUUCACAAAAAGGAUCCUAAUAGUUCUGUUUCUGCGUUUUUAUGAAGGGGCCAAUUAUCUAGUUGUCAUACAGAGUCUACAGACCCCAGUGGUACUUCUGUUUUGGACAUUAUUCCAGGAACAUCCUUUCCAGUGGAAUCCUGAAGGACAUUUGUCUACCUGGCUGAGCAUUGUAUCAGUGGUCAUCAUACUUCCUGCUAUAUAUGUUUACAACAAGGGGGAUACGGAGUCGUCAGACAGUGUUAACUACAGAGUAUUACCAGACAGUGCCGAGUGCAAUAUUACCUACCAAAGUAUACAGGCUGACUCUCCUACAGGAUCUGAAAACUGGUUUCAAGUGUCUUUCACUGAAAAAUCUGUCACAGACUGAAGGUUUGAAUGACUUCAGUACCACUACAUCAUGUAUUUUCAAUCUUAUUGUUAAUGCAGUAAAAUGAUGGAAUGGUAAGAAGAUUAAUUGAAUGGUAAGAUAGAUAAUGGAACAGUAGGGUAAUUAAUGGAACAGUAUGGUAAUCAAUUGAAUGGUAAAGUAAUUAAUGGAACAGUAGGGUAAUUAAUGGAACAGUAUAGUAAUCGAUUGAAUGGUAAAGUAAUUAAUGGAACAGUACGGUAAUUAAUGGAACAGUACAGUAAUUUAAUUGAAAGACAGUAAGGUGAUUAAUAAAACAAUUAGGUAAUUAAAGGAAUGGUAAGGAAUACAUUUUACACAAGAAUUCCCUGUUAGAUCAUUUGUGCAAGUGAAUGAAGGAUUAAUGAACAUGUGUCUAGAGAGUGACAGAGUAUUAAUUUUAUCCUGCCAGAGGACGCUUAUUGAUAUAUGUUGAUCCCAACCUGACAAUGCUGGUAACUGCAAAUCUGCUGAAAUGGAAGUGAAUAUUUCAAUUAUUUCCAUGAGAAGUUAAA